AUGGAUCCAAAUAGGGCGUUGGAUCCGCAGUCACCAUCCCGACCAGAACAGCCCACCCCGUCGGAUGGGGCGCUGCCACCGCCGCCGUCCAUUCAGGGCCGCCGCUCCGCCGGCGAUGGUGCUCCGGCCAUCACCGCACGGCCUGGGCUCCGGCCGUCCACCAAGGAGAGAGAGGCAGAGGCGCGCCACCAGCUGCUGCUCCACGGCGUGAGCCUGGACCUGCGUCUCGACACGGCCACGCACCAGCGCGGCGCCCGGCGCCCGGCGUCCCCCGCGCCUACUCCCGUGGCCCUCGACCACGCAGGCAAGGAGGCUUUCUCGUGCAACUACUGUCACCGCAAGUUCUUGAGCUCCCAGGCGCUCGGCGGCCACCAGAACGCGCACAAGCUCGAGCGCACCCUUGCCAAGCGCAGCCGCGACGUCCCCUCCGAAACCGUCGCCACCGGGACUGCUUCCUCUUCCACGGCCGUCCACAGCUUGCUCCACGCCGGCGGCGGGGAGCUGUGGGGGUACUCUGCUUCGCCCGCUGCUCCGGACUCCGCGACGAUGGCGCCACUGAUGGGCAUGGGGACGGGCCGGGCUGGCACCGCAGCGGCCGGCGGGGAGGCGGUGGCGGAGAUGGACCUGUCGCUCAAGCUCUGACGAGCUAGUCUAGUUGAGCCAACACUAGAUUCCAUAUGCAAAUGUGCAUGGAGUCAUGGACAAUGGAUACGUCUAGCUUGUAAACAACAAGUACCCCUAGGUAGUACUGGUGCUUAAUAAGUUGUUGCAUGCAUGCACCUGGCGAUUGAUUAAUUAAUCGGAUUAUAGCUAGUAUGCAGUUGAUUGUUUCAGCUCACCCAUCUAUAUAUACUACUGGAUUUCCUGAUUAAUAU